GCCUUGCAACAUUGAGUGAACCGGCCCUCUCGGAGAAUAUUUCGUGAAGAGUUCACACGUGUCAUUUGCUUUGUAUUUUCACUCGUGCAUCGGUGGUUCUUCAAGCCAUAUGCAGGCGCGUGUAUGAAAAUCGGUGUAAGAAAUGGAACAACAUAUGAAAAAGAAACCAAGGAGAAUUCGAGGCACCCCGGCUCUUAGAUUUAUUAACUGUGUUUGUUUGGGAACACUUGGUAUUGGAACUGCGAUAGGAGUUUCAUUGGUAAUUUGGGAUCGUGCUUGGGCCUUUAAUCAGAGAGUUAUAGAAAAAUUUCGUUUUUCGGAGGAACAUAAGAGAAAACAGUUUGCGUUAAGUAACAUGGCUAUGAAGGUGCGGCAAAAGGACUUGCAAACAACAAAAGAUGAAGAGUAAACAAUAUGCUGCUUAGAAUUGUGUAUAAACGGUUGUAGAACAUAUUGCCUUCUGAAUAGAAAUAUUACUUGUGAAGAAAAUUUGAAAAAAAAAAAUAAGUUGUGCAAUUCAAUAAAUGCUGGUGGUGUUCAUUGUCAAUUGUUCAGUUAAUUUACUGAUAUGGAUCAAUCAGAAUUUCAAAAAUCUCAGCUUCCAAACACAAGUUUGGAUGAUAGCCCAUUCUUGAAUAUAAAAACUUCAAAGCUUAGAAAGAAAAAGACUCAGAGUAAAUUGACAUAUCUGAAACAAGUGUCAACUAAAAGAAAGAAUAGUGAUGCUCCUAAAACAAGCGAGAAUGAAGACCAUAUCCAGUGUGAAACAAAAAGAAAAGAAAACACUUUGUGGACUUCACCGGGGGAAUCACCUAGCUCUCUUGAUGCAAUUCAUGAAAAUGCUAGUGGAAAUAAAGAAGAAAAUAUUGUUUGUGCAUGUCCUGUGUGUUGGAAAAGAUUUGAAAAUUCCGGGGACCAGAUGCAGCAUAUGAAAACAUGUGCUUCCAAACAUAAUCUUACACUUAAGCAGUUAUUGGAUGCUGUUGAUUUGCAAACAAAACAAAUAGAAGAGAGAAAAUUGUUAGGUUUACCUUGUGUGCUUACUACUGGGAUUGCUAAGAAGAGUAUUUCAAAGAAGAGUUCUUCUGUAAGUUAUAAAGAUGAUCCAGAUUUUCAAUUGGGGUUGGCUCUGUCAGUUUCUAUGCAAGAAUCUGAGGAACAGAAUAAUGUGGUGGAGCAAGAAAUUAUGUUGGAAGCUGGUUUGGGCGAUGAGGUAGCUGCUAAUCAAGCUUCUCUGCUCGAAAGAUUUGGUUUUACAAACACACGCCCUGUUCUUCCAUCAAUUUAUCCUCGUGCACGACCAGGUAAACUUGCAUGGAAAUUCAGAUUUAGUUCAUUAAUUUCUUAUUUAAGUUAAAUUAUAAUAUUUUUGUUUUGAUUUAUAGACAAAUAUUAUGAUUUCAUUCUUUUUUCUUAUGUUAAGAUAAGCAAGCCGCUCUGCCUUCCUGUUCUCACUACAAUAGAUCUAUAAGACCUAUCCUUCUGGUCACUUUCUAGUCGUACUACGCACUUAUCUAAUAAGAGUAAUCCAUAAAUUAGAUAAUGCUUAAGAGGGGUGAGGGGGUUUUGGGCAGAUUAUGCUGUAUUACUAAUGGGUUGGCAGAGUCAUAGUUAAUUUUACUAAUAAAUAAGUUACAGAUAAUUGAGAAAGUAUGUGCUGUUGUAGAUCCAUUUUAUACAUGGCAUUUUAACCUCGUGUUUUGAUCAAUCUGAAAGAAAGAUGCUUCUGUACGAAUUAAAUAAUUAAUAU